AGGUGGGGACAUCCUUGUGGCUGGCUCCCAACUCAAUCCUGGGGGGGGGGGAGCAUGCCUGGUGAAGAUUGGCUGCCGGUUCCCCCCAAGAGGCUGCUUUGGAAACCUAGAGGGGGUGGUGCUAAACAGCCCAGAGCAGAGACUUCAACUUAAUCUAGCUUCAGCUCACUCCAUCCCACCGAUAGUGCCAGAUACAACCUUGGGGGAGAAUGCUUUUGCUUGCCUAGGCGCAGGCACACCCGUUUUAAGAGGCAGGUGUUGGCUCCUUGGCUGGGCUUGGCCCAGGCAGUGCCCUUCAUUCAGCUUGGCUCCCAUCGGCGCUCGUGGCAACCAGAGUCCCACAUUCUCUCCCUCUCUCUCCCCUGCAGCCGAGGGAGCCCUGAGGGGAGUGUCUCUGAGCCAUGAUGUCACCCUGCCCAUGGAAUGCCCUGGGCACUGUGCUGCUGGUUCUGGUGCAGGGCUGGGCGCUGUCCGUGAGUCAGGAGUACGACUACUACAGCUGGCAAUCCGACAACUUCCAGCAUGGACGCUUCUACACUAAGCAGCCCCAGUGCGUGGACAUCCCGGCCGACCUGCAGCUCUGCCACAACGUGGGCUACAAGCGCAUGCGUCUCCCUAACCUGCUGGAACACGAAUCCAUGCCAGAGGUAAAGCAGCAAGCCAGCAGCUGGGUGCCCCUGCUGGCCAAGCGGUGCCAUUCUGACACACAGCUUUUCCUGUGCUCCCUCUUUGCACCUGUCUGCCUGGACCGGCCCAUCUACCCGUGCAGGUCGCUGUGUGAGGUGGUGCGCGACUCGUGCGCUCCUGUCAUGGAAUCCUACGGCUUCCCUUGGCCUGACAUGCUCAACUGCAACAAGUUCCCCUUCGACAAUGACCUGUGCAUCGCUGUGCAGUUUGGAAACAGUCAGGCAACUCAGCCACCAGUGUCAAAGAUCUGCACCCAAUGCGAGAUGGAGCACAAGGCAGAUGGUAUCAUGGAGCAAAUGUGUUCCAGUGACUUUGUGGUGAAGAUGCGCAUCAAGGAGAUCAAGAAAGAGAAUGGGGAGAGGCGAUUGGUGGCUGCGCAGAAGAAGAAAAAGCUGCUCAAAGUGGGGCCGUUGAAGCGCAAGGACACCAAGAAGCUGGUGCUGCACAUGAAGAACGCAGGUGCCUGCCCCUGCCCCCAGCUUGAUGACCUCAGUGGCAGCUUUCUGGUGAUGGGGCGAAAGGUGGGUGGGCGGUUGCUAGUCUUGGCCAUUUACCGCUGGGAGAAGAAGAAUAAGGAGAUGAAAUUUGCUGUCAAAUUCAUGUUCUCCUACCCUUGUUCCAUGCACUACCCUUUCUUCUAUGGGGCAGACCCCCACUGAAUCCCCACUCAUUCCAAGAACCCUGCUCAUCUUCUUCACAGCACUCCCCACACUUUUUGGUUCCCCACUCUUAGCCCACAGAAUACCCUUUUUUAUAUGGGCUGACCUACACAAAGCCACAUACUGUUGGGAGCCCAUCCCUGCAACAGGACUCUUUCUCCUAAAGCACAAACUCCAUUAGGACCAGCUCCGUUAAGUUCCAGGUCAGAGUUCCGCCCAUCUUGAAAGCUUUGGAGACCAUGCAGAAAUCCACCUCAUUCCCAACACGCCUUCACUAGACGAAUAAGUCUUAGCACCUGCAGCAAACAUCUCUUAUCAAUCCCGGUAUACCCAAGCUCCAAUAGAGGCUGAAUCACACAGAAUUUUAGUUGCAACCUUUAGUGGAACAUUUAAGGUAAAUCCCAGUCCAUUCUUAAUUCCUACUAGUGAGAAGCCAAAGAUUUUGAAACAUUGUGAGCAGGGCAACCAAUGCUUUCCAAUCGCAACCUUUCAUUUUCAUAGUGCAUUGAACUACUUAGUUCCAGGGAUGGGAAACCUGCAGCCCACCAGAUAUUGUCAGACUCCAAAUCCCACAUCCCCAGCUAGCAAACCUAAUGGGCAGGGAUAAUGAGUGCUGUGGUCCAGCAACAUCUGGAGAGUCUAACAUCCCCAUCCCAUCCCUGACUUAGUAGGAGUUGGCCAGGCGCAGUAUGAAGCUCUAAACAUCUCAGACUGCCAGACACCAGAUGCGUUGUACAAGCUACAGUGUCCCAACUAAUACUUCACUGGACUGACAAUCCCCAGUCCUGGCCUCCUCUCCUAGGUUCUGCAUAGCAUCUUCUCAAGCCAUGUAGAACCUUAAGCAGACACUAAGCAAGGCCUCCCUAGAAGCCUCCCCCAAUUUUCAGCUCGCAUGACCAUUGGCUACUACUCUGGCUGGGGGUGAUGAAAGUUGUUGUCCAGGUUGCAGGAGGCUGCUGGUCUGUUAUAUGAUUGUGAUGCUUGAAGUCGAGUGACAUCCCUCAACUAAAAAGUCCAGGUCUUCCGUCAUAACAUGGUCAUUAUUGCAUCGGCAUCUUUUGAGGCACAGAUCUGUACAGCAUCCUUAAACAUCAUGGGGCAGAUCCACCCCAUAGAUUUUGAACACAUUCAACAAACAUCUAAAGCACAUGACUUCCUCCCCCCCCCCCAAAAAAAUAAUAAUCCUGGGAACUGUAGUUUGGUAAGGGGACUGGAAAUUGUAGCUGUAUGAGGGUGAAACAAUGAUUCCCAUGAUUAUUCAGGGGAGGUCAUGUGCUUUAAAUGUGCACUGAAUGUGCUUUGAAUGUAUGGUGGGGAUCUGCAUGUGGCAAUACCAAGCGAGGUACGAGGCAGUGACUUGGAACAGUUCCUAACACAAACACUCUGCCUGAGGCCUUCAUGCUCCCUUACAGAGUAAUAGACAUCAAGUAGUCUAUAGAUUUAAUUACCCAAGACCAUUUGUAAUUGGGGAUGGACGGACCACUUUGCUAUAUGAAGCCGUUUAUGUGAAGUUUCACUGAAAAAUAUGCCCGUCACCAAUACCGCCUCCUUCCCCUCUCCAUGUUUACUUGCCUAUGGCCAGUAGAAAUAUCAUGACUAUACCAAGUAGGUUAGUGCACCAACCCCAGAGGAGCACAUCAGACCUGUGCAUGCACCAGUGAGGAACCAAACCACCAACUGGGCCUGCCGGGUGGCUGUGUCCACCACACAGGAUGCCAGACCACCAACUGAGCCUGCCCGACAGAUGGCAAACACAGGACGAAUGUGUCUCCCUGGGGCCCUUCCAUCUGGCAGUUUUCCAGACUCCUGAAUGGUCAAGACCAGCUGGCAAGUUAAUCCUGGAGCGAAUAUUUAUAGCAUCAGCACUGCCAGUUUCACCGCUCCCCACACCAGCUGUGGGGGAGUGGGGGCUGCCCAACACAAAGCAAGCUGUAGGAAUUGAGUCUGGCUCCCACACACAGAGGGGUUUUUCACUGGGGCUCAUUCCCAGCCAAAGUUUGCUGAGGAAGAGAGGGUGGUAGCUGAGGAGCUCUUGAAAGAACCUCUCUUCCACUCAGGGAAUCCUCCGCCCUCAGAUUUUCCAGAUGAGCUGCUUUGCAAAUCAUACAGCAUGUCACACACACAACUUACUAUUGAGUUCAUGGUUUUUGGCCACAACUGCGUGUCAUGACUCACUUUUCCCUGCACACUACUGAGAGGAUGUUGUUGAAGAUUCAGCCACCAGUUCGAUCGGUUUUUGUACACUGAAGUGGUGGUGGUCGGGUGUUGCCAUCUUGUCCUUUGCCUCAAACCACUAAGUGUCUUUGGCUAGCCUUGCCUUUUGUCAUGGCAAACUUGCCAUCCUGCUGGAGGGUGCUGAGGGAAAAUGACUGGGCUGGUAACUUCUCACACACUGUCCCCUCAAAAAUGUGAGCUAUUUUGUUCCCCCUAGGACUUCAAUCCCCUUCAGAUUGUGAACUGGGAUAUAUUUACAAGCUAGGCCAUUCCCCACUGUUCUUACAUUUUAAUUUAUAUGGCCUGCACAUCACUUGGACACUGACAGAUUCUCAUGGCACCUGACAGCUUCAGAGCCAUCAUUGCUUGACUUCAGGGGAAGAAUGCAAACACCGUGACUUACAAAAGGAACCCUUUCCACUUCUUUGAAUCAGAUCACAGAGAGGGAUUAACAGUGCAUUUACUUUUGUCCAAGAAUUCCGUGCUACAUCUAGUUAGCAAAUUAGGUAGAAAAUAAAGUUCCCACCUGAUCAACACUCACAUGGGACUAGUCCUCAAGGCCUUAGCAACCUGAAACAUUUACUGACCCAGGUCCACUGAGUAGGAGCAUCCCUAGCUUGGGGUUGCUUUUGUUCAUGGAGCAGCCUUUUAUUAAAAAUACCAUACUUGGGGAUGCAGUCAUCUGCAUUCAAUUUUCUUCACUGAAAAUGCCAUUUAAACUAUUAAAUUUGGUCCUUUUUUAAAAAAAACAACCAACAGGUCUUCCAUCUUCUAUCCUGUCCAAUAUCCACUCUAAUAAAUCCCAUAGAACCUAUCCUGAUCACCAUCUUGCCUGCUUGGUUUUGCCACCAUUUUAGCUGAAAUUUUCAUUGACCCUCGUUUCAUCUUGGGGACAUGCAUGCAGAACUUAAGAUAGCUCUUGCUGUGUUCUCUAUCAUUCAGGAUUUUUUCAUUAUUUUUAUUAAUUCCAAGUCUUUCAUUUAAAAAGUGUUCCAGCUUCAUUUUAUGAGGUGCUUUUUUAAAAAAAAUGAAUCUUUCACAAAAUGAAGCUGGAGCACUCAUGUUGUGGCAUCUGCAUAGCAUUUCCAGCUCAGCCAAGUAUUCAUAAAAUAUUUAUUUUCUGCUUAUGGCAGAUCCAAACUCAAAAUUAAUUCCCAUUGAUAUCAUAACUAACUUGCCCCAUUGAUUUCAGUGGGAACUAGAUCUGGCCCAGCCUCAAUGUUUUGAGUCAUAUGAUGUAUUCGUGCUGCAUUUAUUUCAUGUCAAGGUCAUCAGGGACACUGAAUUCUGGCACCAUUGUUGUGUUUAGAGUACUGCCAUUAUCAUUCUGGUAACGGCAGGCUUUAAUCAUGAAUGUAGCACUCCAUUUUCAGUUCCCCUAAUCAACAGAUAAUCAAUGAGAAAGCUAAGCAAGGUCUUCUGCCUCAAAUUUGCUUGCAAAAGCCAACUUAUACAUUCCGCUCAUUUGCCUUUUAUCUCAACAUUAUUAUUUAUGGAUACUUGUGGAUUUUUAAAAAAGGCACCGGGUUUAUCAAAUUAAUAUUAAUUUUUUUCAGAAGCAUCCUUCAUAAUUUAAUUUGAAACGACACUUCUUUUUGAUGCAGAAAUACUAAUAAGCUACAGGAAAUUACCUGCAACUUUAGCGAGUGAUUUCAUUGCAGCACUAAACUCCCCUCUUCACUUCCCUCACUGCCAGGUCCAUACAGGCCCUGUUAAGAGUUCCUCCACAGCAGCACAGUGGUUCUUGGGUCUUCCUUACAUCUGCGAUCACACGGCAAUAAAUAGAACAAAAGCUUUUGCAUUAUCUUAGCGGGAGAGUCUGCAAAGAUCUCUCAAUAUACCGGAAGCUGCAUAUUGAGCCACAGCCGCUGCACUCUUUAUCAUAUGCUCAGUUCUGUAUGAAAACCGCCAUGCAGUGAAGCUUAAAAUGUCACACUGCGCUAACAAUACAGGAAAUUUUAAGAAAUACUGUUUAUUGAGCGAGUAUUGGGAGUACCAUCUCCACAAUGUAAUAUUUUGGACCAGAGUUUGGUUUUUUGUACUGCUUAAAGAACUAUUUCAGCUGUUUUUACUGUAUGUCUGUGAGCUGCCUUGAGAUACAUGUAAGAAGCAACUUAUAAAGUUAACACUACAGCUGCACCAGGUAGGCUAAUUGCUCCUGAGGAAUCAUCCUGCUUAUGAGUGUUUACCAACCGGCUGAAGACCAAGUUCACCAGUUGCAGGAAGGUGGCUUCUCAGUUGUGCAAGAGCCAACGAGCUGCUAGCAUCCUGCCAUGUGGCGCUUUGUCCUCUUCCACAUUUCCAACCUUAUGACGGGGAGGUGGCAGCCACAUGCUAUGACCAGGCAACAUGGAGGACCAGCUCUCCGUGUGGUUGCACUUUGUAACUCUACAUGGAGCCGCCGUACCAAAAUAUAAAAUAAAACAAGUCAUCCCAA